UAACGCAAAAAAAAAAAUGAUUAUUGUAGUGUGAAAAGUCGCCGUUUUUAUUAAUUUAAAUUUUUAUCAAGUUGAUAUAAUACAUGAAUUUACUUUAAUAGUUUUUUUAAAGAUCUGGUAGGGAAAAACGACUAACGUUAAAUCAGUGAUAGUUUAUUUGUUAUAUAUAUUAUGUUUGUGAAGAUCCCUCCAAGCUCCGUUCUGACACGUUCUUGAGACGCCAUGUUUGUCACGUUUUUGCUAGUUGUGAAUUUAUUUGCCCAAAAAUUUCACAUUUACUAGUUUUUCGCAAGCUAUAAGCAAGUGUCUUAAAAUUUAUCCACAAUGAGUAGCGUCUUUCCGAAGAACAAGGGAAAGCGGUCCCGAUCAUCGUCUGGAGAAUCUAACAAUUCGUUCGUAAAGAACGUGACGUCACGGGUGUCGGGUUUGCUGCCAGCUACUAUAACAAAAUGGUUCAGCAGCCCUCGCUCGAGUGCCAAUGGUUCGGCGGGCGGUGCGGACGCGACGGACUCGUCGACAGAGGAUGAGGGCACGGAGAGCCCGGUGCAGCCCCCGAAUAAGAGGAUGCGGCGAGAAGAACGCUCGUUCGGGAGCGCUGACGCAAGUUGCGUCACAAACAACGUUGAGACAAUAGAGUCGUCCACCCAAUACACAGUUCAAUCGCCGCCCGGUCGGACCACGUUCCGGCGGGAGACCAACUUCGUCUCGACACCCAUCAGGCCAGACGAGACCACGGUCGACCGGACCGCGGACCGGACGGAUAAGGACUCGACGGCAACCUUCACUCAAAACACGACGGCGGCCUCUAUAGGCCUCAGUGCUUCCAGAAAGAGGAAAUCCCUGUUUGGGGAUAAGACGCAGGAGUUAAGUGAUGCUACUCAAAAGGCUUAUGCGAAAACAUCCAGCAACACACUCCGGGACCCACGGCAGCCAACGUUCAAGCCCACGCUUCUCGGCUCCCCAUUCUACGCCGGCAAGACCACAUACGGAGGCGCCGCGUCCUCCUACAUAAACCAGCCGAAUAUAUCACAGAGACAGAACACCACAGUGAAAGAGGCGCCCAGCACUAGUGAUAACAACAUGAGUACGUCCGCGAGGCGGAUCCUGGACCUCCUAGAGUCGUACUCGUCACCCCUGAUGGACGCCAAGAGGAUACCUCACUACACGAGGCCCACCAGGCAAGAAGUGUUGAAGCGGCACUCCGAGACCUCCAAUUCACACAGUUUGUUGUCGCCUUACAACAAAACUAAUUCCUACAAAACGCAAGAGUUGCACGUGCCAAGCAUAGCAUCGAUCUUGCGACUGAAGCAGCGUUCGCGCCUCGACGACUCCACCAACGCCGCGCGGCAGCUCGUCGCGUCGCACAGUAGCUCCUCGCCCGACUACUUGCCUUACCCGACCGCUGCCAAGAACAGAGACCAAUCGGAGGUGGAUGGUAACAGCAAGUUUACGACUAAAGUGAAGACGAAGCGGACCAGGAUUCAUGGCAAUGAAGCUAACGCAUUAGAAACCGAAACUAUCACUCCCGUGGAACUGCCAAAAGCAGUUUUACAAAUUGAUCCUAACAAUUUACCAAAUUUCAGCAUCCCAGUAGCCUCUAAAUCAAGCUCAAUAGAAAAGCCUACUCUAACAAUGCCAUUCGCAACUAGUACGUUCGCACCUAAAACGACCAGUGUCGAAAUAAGUAAGUCGGAAACAACAUCUAGCAACAGUAUUUACAAUUUCGCUAAUCCAGUGAGAAUAACUAGUGAAUCUCCUAAGCCGACGUCAACGCCUCCAAAAUUCACAUUCGGUAGCCCAGAGCGAAGUAUAGACAAGCCUCUCGUUAGUGAAAAGACUUCUGAGCCUUCAAUAAUUCUAGGUGCGUCAAAAGAAAGCGAAAAGAAAACUGAGGCGCCGGCGGCCGAUUGGAGCUGCCCAGACUGCUGGGUGAAAAAUAAAUCAGACGCGGCCUCUUGCGUGUGCUGCGGGCACAAGCACCGAGCUGCGGCCGCCGCUACCCCCGCGCUCCCCGCCAAGUGCUCCCUCUGCAAACUCGCCAACACCCAACCCAACUCCGACAAAUGCGUCAACUGUGCGAAAGUUCAGGUCAACAAUAUCGCUAAGCCUCUCAAGGCGGACACCAUCGCCAAGUGGUCCUGCAAGGAUUGCUGGGCCAGCAACGACGACGCCUCCGACAAGUGCGCCUGCUGCGGCGCAGCCAAUCCCAAGAAACAGUCCACACAAACUGUUCCCGCUGUGGAGAAAUCCGGAGGAAUGUGCUCUAAAUGCUUCUCUACAAAAAAUAGCAAUGGAACCUGUAGCAAAUGUGCAGAAAGCAAACCCGACAACACAUUCAAGAUUGUGCUAAAAUCCCAGGCCAACAAGUGGGAGUGUGAACACUGCUUAGUUAGGAACGACAGUGAUAAAACCAAAUGCGUCUGCUGCGAGGCCGAGCGGUCCGGAGCGCCCAAACAGCCAGAGAAGAAGCAAUUCAACUUCGGAACUGUCAACACUACAUUCAAAUUUGGCAUUGAUCCGAAAGUGCAAGAGGCUAACUUGGCUAAAAUUUCGGAGAAACCAGCAGAAACAAAAGAUAAAGUAGAAGAAUCAGAAACUAACAAUAAUGUGCUAGCGAAGGCGCCGCCAACGUUCUCCUUCGGCAUACCGGCCAAGAAAACGGAGGAUCAGCUUGACGCUUCGAAGGCGGCAGAGAAAGCAGCUGAGACACCUAAAGCUACCUUCACCUUUGGCGUUCCUAAACAGAACUCAUUAGCGCCAACCAGUCCGCCCGCACCGAUGUUCGGGAUCCCAAAUAAACUGACAGACGUUUCUAAAGAAUCCGAAAAGAAAGACAAACCGGAAGAAAAAGAGAAGCCGGCGUUGAAUGAUAAACCCGAGGAAGCGAAAAAGGCAGAUGAGCCUGCUAAGCCGCCAGUUAUGAUGUUCGGAUCGGCCCCGUUGGCAGACAAGUCUAUGACGAAUCAGCUGUUAAGUACAGCAUUUACUCUAAAGAAGGACGCCCCAAGCGCAUCGCUCAGUUUGGCUACCACGAACGCUACAAGCGCAUCGCUCAGUUUGGCUACCACGAGCACGCCUGCGCCUAUCCUGACUUUUUCGGCCCCGAAGACCGGAUCAGCGGAGAAGACCGGCCUCUUUGGCGCCGCCGCGACAUCCGCGCCCGCGACCACCAUAUCCUUCGUGCCAACUACCACAGCCUCGGCCACCUCAUCUUUAUCCAUGUUCCAAAAGACUGACGAAAAACCUAUAAAUACAAUCUUCCAAAAGAGUGAACCGUCGACAACGGCCCCGACCUCCAUAUUCCCAAAGAGCGACGCCCCCGCGGCGUCCGGCGCUGCGCCCGCUCCGGCCGCAACGCCUAUGUUCAGCUUUGGCAGCUCUCAAGCGCAAUCAGGCGAAAAGCCUAGCUUUAAUUUCACAUUUGGUAGUAGUAAUAAAUCUGACGUGUUCAAACCGCCAACAUUCGCGGCGAAGGACAGCAGCACCACCAUUAACAAAUUUUCACUCGGAGGUUCUUCGACGGAAAAUCCUUUAGCGCCGAAUCCUGUGGCCGGAGGCAACGGGCUGUCGGCAACUAACAGUUUGACCAGCGGCAACGGUCUAUCGGUUAAUCCGCUAGCGGUGGGUUUGUCGCCCGGAAACGGCCUAUCCGCGGCCGCUCCUAGCAUAUUUGGGUCGGCAAUUCAGAAGGAGAACUCGUGGACUCCGCCAAACAACAGCGCGGCGAAUCCGUUCAACGCGAACGCGACCACGAACAGCGCGCCUAAACCUUUCUCGUUCGGAUCGUCGACGCCGUUCAGCGGGACCUCAGCGCCGGCAUUCGGCACGAACAACACGCAGACAUCGACGCCGGCGUUUGGAAGCAACUUGGCAACGUCGCCACCCGCGUUCGGGUCAGCUACUCAGCCGGCGGCGGCACCAGCCUUCGGCGCAUCUCAGACCGCGGCAACGCCCGCAUUCGGCUCUAUAGUGCAAUCCACGCCUAAUAUCUUUGGGAUGCCUAGUCAGAACAGCCAGCCGUCCAUAUUCUCGACGCCAAACCAGAAUUCGACGGGGAUGUUCGGGUCGCCCACGCAGCCGGCCCAGGCGCCGCCGGCCCUGGGCAUGUUCGGGCGGCCAAACGUGGGGGCCACGCCGACGUUCGGCACGCCGAACCCCUCGAUACCCACCUUCGAGGCGCCGUCGGUGCCGGCUCCAGCGCCCUCCUUCAACUUCGGCACGCCUCAAACUUCCUCCUUCAUGUUCGGACAACAGCCACAGCAACAGGCCCAGCAGCCGCAGACGGGCGUGUACAACUUCGGCGCGGCCGGCGGUCAGGCGGCGCAGGUCCAGUUCAGCAUGGGCAGCGCGCCCAGCGCCGGUAUGCGUCGCGUGCGCCGUGGCUUGCGCCGCACCUCGCAGCGAUGAACCCCUGGCACGUUGGACCCGGCUAAUUGAGUGACCGGUAGUGUUUGGCAAAACCUCGAGUCCUCAUUAGGAUCGGCUCAGUUUUUUAGACACGUCGACCAAUUGAGUUCUGUUUAAUUUCUAGUGGAGACAACAAUUUUCAAGACGCGUUAGUUACAUUUAUGGUUUAGAAUCAAUUGCGACGAUUUUCUAUAUUGAAAAUAAAUACUCUAUUGAUAGAUGAAAACUGCGUGAAAAUCCGUUCAUUAGUUUGAGUUUAUCUCGAACAUACAGACAGACAGACGCGGCGAUGGACUUUGUUUUAUAAUAUGUAUUAAAAAUCUGUAAUAUAAAUAAAGAAGACUUUAUUAGGACUCGAGUUCUUUUAAAUCACAGUAAAAACACUGAAUAAGGACUUAACGCUAAUAAAAAUACUUGUGCGUUUGAUGUGUCCUAAAACUGAGUCUUUUUCUACAAAUUUAAACUCUAAAGACUCGAGUUCUUACCAAAUACUAAAGACCGGCGCCGGCACUGUUCGGCUUCGUUGCUAAACUAAUUACAACAUAACCAAACGGGAAAUAUUUAACUUCCAAAUGGUAAGAAAAUCUUGCAUCUUGAACACUGUUCCCGUUUGGAUUUGUACUAAAUUACUCGUCGGAACGGUGAUGUCAGUUCCCGAUUUGACCAAACUGAAUGAGCCAGUGGCGACCGGGCACUGACGUCAUUUACUUUGCCGCUAUCUAGUUUAAUUAUAUGUUAGGUAUUUUAUUUAGACGAAGGUUUUCUUUAGUAACAAAACUGCACAAAAGACGAUGUUGAAUUCGAGCUUUUGAGCGGUUUGCCCGUAUUGUUUUAGAUAUGCCGCUAUUGAUCUUCGUUUGCGUUAGGCACUUUGUUCAAUAUAUUUUUUUUAUGAAAUGUUAUCAUCGAGCGUAUUAAUUGCCGUGUACGUGUCCUGUGAUACGUGUAUUACUGUAACACAAUGCUUAAGCGAAUGUGCAACGUGUGAAGUUUGUCAAAUCCUCUAAAGAUAAAUAAGAUUAUUGAAAGGCCAAGUUUAUAUAGCUCAGUCUAUCUAAUGAUAGAUUCAGGAUGAUUCUUUAAAAGUGUUGACGUAACUUGUUCCCCGUCGGAAGUCAAUUUCUGAUUUGGUGCCAUAGUAAAGUAUACAUGCAUAUUGCAUGUUCCUAAAUUAUUAACUUGGAAUAAAAUAUGGGCUAGUUAGAUUUGACAGACUAUAACUAUUUGUGUGACUUGAAUUGAGCAAUGUAAUUGUAAUCUCAAUUUACCGGAUUUUUAUUGAAACUAGUAUUACGAUCUGACGCGUAGCUUCGAAAUGUAAAAGCAUAUUUUAUAUCAAAACGUAUAUGAAUUAAAAAAAAACAAAAA